UUCCCCCAAAUCGACACCGCCCCCCCCCCCCCCCCCCCCGAACGCACAGGCACGCACAAAUCCCAUUCCCAUCCGACCGCAAGACCUAGCAGCAGAAAGCGAUGGCGCGGCCGAGGGGUAAGAAGCGCACGGCGGCCCAGGCGGCGGCCACUGACUCGAGCAAGCCGAAGGCUGCUGCUGGCGAUUCGACCAAGCCGGAGGCGGCGGCGGCGGCGAAGGAGCCGGCCGCUCGGGGACGGGGGAAACGCGCCAAGGCGCCGCCCAAGCCCAAGGCCGAGACGGAGUACUUCCCGGAGAAGAGAAAUUUGGAGGAUCUAUGGUUAUCCGCUUUUCCUAUCGGGACUGAGUGGGAAAACAUUGAUAAGAUAAAGGAGUUCAACUGGAACUUCGAAAAUUUAGAGAAAACACUAGAAGAAGGGGGAGAACUAUAUGGGAAGACAGUUUACUUAUUUGGAAGCACUGAGCCACAACUACUGGAUGUUAAUGGUGAAUCAAAGAUAGUACUUAUUCCUAUUGUAGUUGCUGUAGACUGUCCGUUCCCUCCAUCAGAUAAAAUUGGCAUAAAUUCUGUUCAAAGGGAAAAUGAAGAAAUAGUACCAAUGAAGGCAAUGAAGAUGGCAUGGGUGCCUUAUGUUCCUCUUGAGGACCGGCUUAGCAGGAUCGACAGUUUGAAAACAAAAAUAUUCACCCUCGGUUGCACCCAGCGGAGGUCUGCGCUGAAGCAUCUCAAAACCGAGAGAGUCAAAAAGUUUGACUACUGCAUGCCGUAUUAUAUGCCACUGAAUCCUCCUGAAGACGAAGAUGACACGGUUGUCAAUAUCAUAUAUCCUCUAGAACCCCCGAUAGUUUGCGAUUUUGAUUGGGAAAUGGAUGAUUAUGAGGAUUUUGCUGAUGAGAAAGUCAAAGAUGAAGUGUUGCCGGAGGAUGAGAAAGAAAAAUUUAAGGAAUUUCUAAAGGAGAAGGUUAGAGAAAGGAAGAGAGAACUUAAACAGGCUAAAGAAGCCAGGAAGAAAGCUAUCGAUGACAUGGAUCCUAAGACUAGAGAGGCAUUUGAAAACAUCAAAUUUUACAAAUUUUAUCCUGUGAAAACCCCUGACACACCGGAUGUUUCCAAUGUGAAGGCGAAGUACAUUAACAGAUAUUACCGGAACGCACAUUAUCUGAUGUAGUGGCAUUCCUGAUCUCACAUGUUUGGUGAGCUUCGUCAUUGAUCGAGCUAUCCAACUUUAGGAGCUGGUAUUAGAAAUUUUGUUAGCCGGGGGAGAUCAGCUUGGUGACAUCUUCCAAUGUAGUCUUAUGGCCUAUCAGACAUGUUGCUCCUGAAUUCUGUUGUAAUAGUCAUAGUCACCCUCAGGCUCAGCGGAUUAUCCCCUUCCUUAGGCAUCAUCUUCUUUGUUGUGGUGUAUAACAUCUUUGAGGGUUAGAUUAUUGUGUAUGAAUCAGAGAGUCAAGGUAGUCGUUGUAAGAGUAAACAAGUGGCUCAGGAACGAUCUGUUCCCUUUUCUUCAUCUAGCAAAGUUUCGGCACAUGAUUCCUUGGUUAAA